CUGCAGCUGCACCUCCUCCAACCAAGCAGCGCAAACCGGUUCUCCUCUACAAAAGCUACCAAUGGGCUCGUCAAAGCUCAUUGCAGCUGUUCUUCUCCCAGCUCUUCUGGCCCUCCAUGCCCCAAUGACCACAGCAGCAAACUCCAACCUCUUCCGGGACUACAUCGGUGCCAUCUUCAAUGGCGUCAAGUUCUCCGACGUGCCCAUCAACCCGAAUGUUCGGUUCGACUUCAUCCUCGCCUUCGUCAUCGACUACACCACCGCCACGGAGCCGCCUUCUCCAACCAACGGCCAGUUCAACAUCUUCUGGCAGGACUCGGUGCUCACCGCCUCCGCGGUGGCUGCGAUCAAGCAGAGCAACCCGAACGUGAGGGUGGCCGUCAGCCUCGGCGGCGCCACCGUGAACAGCAGGCCGGUGUUCUUCAACAUCACCUCCGUCGACUCCUGGGUCCAGAACGCCGUCUCUUCCCUGACCAGCAUAAUCCAGAAGUACAAUCUGGACGGCAUCGACAUCGACUACGAGCAGUUCCAGGCUGACCCUGCCACCUUCGCCGAGUGCGUGGGCCGCCUGGUGACGACGCUCAAGAGCAACGGCGUGAUCAAGUUCGCGUCGAUCGCGCCGUACGACAACGCCGACGUGCAGCGCCAUUACCAAGCCCUGUGGGCGAGCUAUGGGAGCGUGAUAGACUACAUCAACUUCCAGUUCUACGCAUACAGCGCGAGCACAACCGUGUCGCAGUAUGUUAACUACUUCGACAACCAGAUUGUCAACUACCCUGGAGGCAAUAUCCUGGCCAGCUUCACCACGGCGCCGACGACGACAUCGGUGCCGAUUAAUACAUCGUUGACCGCUUGCCAGACUCUGCAGUCACAGGGAAAGCUCUACGGUAUCUUCAUCUGGGCUGCAGAUCAUUCUAGGAGGCAAGGGUUCAAGUACGAGAUACAAGCGCAAGCACUGCUGGCCAACGCCGGUAGCUACUAGCAAGCUUCAUUGUUUCCCAGUCCUAGUAUUAAAUAAAAUGUCAUAGAUUGCUGGAGAAAGAAUGGAGAAUAAAUCUCAACUGUAAUGCAGCUAUGCGUGUGACCCUUUCUUCAGAUAGUGUAUGUGCUCUUGAAAUUGUUCAUUCUGCAGAAUUUGUAUCUAGUGAUUGACCACAUUAUUAGCACCUCUAAAUUUCUGUUCUA